AUGAUUAAUAAUUUAGGUAGCACAAGAGGGGAAAGGAGAAAGAGUGUUGGCAAUUUACUUAAUGAAUAUUAUAAUAUAGAAAAUGAGAGUAAAGAAAUUGUAACAGAUUUGAAAAUUAAAAAUAAGAAUGAAAAUGUUGUUAAAGGGUAUGUGUCAAAUACGAAGCUUCGAAAAGAUGAGAGUGGAAAUGAAAAGGACUUGGUUAGCUUGGAAAAUGAUGGCAUUUUGAACAAAAUGGAUGAGCUAAAUAAAAAAAGUAGUGAGUUUAAUGCAGAUAUAUAUUUCCGUAGAUUGCUAGAGAAAUGUAAUCUUGAUGAUUUAAUAAAUAGAUCGAAAAAAAUGGAAAAAGAAAUAAAACAAAAUGACAAUUCAAUACAAUCUAUAGUAUAUGAAAAUUAUAAUAAAUUUAUAUAUGCAGGGGAUACAGUAGUUUUAUUAAAAAAUAAUUUUAAACAAGUAAAAGAAAAAAUAAAUUUAAUAAAUAAACAUAUAGAUUAUAUAGAUAACAGUUUUAAAAAAACAAAUAAAAAUACAUCUAGUGAAAUUGAACAAAUAGAAAAUAUAAUCCAAAUAAAAAAAUUAUUAAAAAAUAUACACACUAUUAUGCAAACACCACAAAAAAUGUAUUCUUUAAUUAUUGAAAAAAAAUAUAUUGAAGGAUUAAAAUUAUUUAUAGAACUUAUUCCAUUUUUACAUCAAAAUAGGCAUAUAAAUUCAUUUGUUUGUCUAUAUAUGGAUUGUAAUAAUUUAGCAAACAUUGCAUGCUCAUUAUAUUUUAAGUUCCUUCAUAAUGCAACCCCAAAUGUUGAUGAAAAGGAAAAUGAAAAUGGUAUAAGCGAUGAAGUGAAUAAAAAAGUGAAAGAAAACAAUUUGAAAGAUUCAUUUCAAAAAUUAACUUCAUCUGUCAUACCUAAUGAUACAAUAGCCUCAUGUUUUGAAGCUAUUCUUUCUUAUGGUAAAGAGAAAAAAGUAAUGAGAAAUCUGUUUAUUCAAAAUAGGAUAAUUGCUUUGAAAUAUUUGUUAUGUAAUAUAUUUAACCUAAAAAAUUGUGGGCUUAACAAUAUGGAGGAUGUAAAAAAUUGUGGGCUUAACAAUAUAGAGGAUGCAAAAAAUGGUGAGCAGAAUGAAGAAGAUAUUUUUUUCGUUUUAGAAAACAAUUAUAAUAUUGAAAAGACAAAAAUAGGGUUGAAAACGUUUGAGAAUGUCAGUAUGUUGGUAUAUGAGCAUUUGCUAGAAUUUUUUUUUGAAAUUAUAGAUAGCUAUGAAAAUGUUUUUUUAAAAAAUGAAAAUGGUAAUAGCAAACUUACACAUUCAGCUUAUACAACUAAAUUAAUAUAUGAGCUAAAUGAAGUAAGCAUAAAAGAGUCAAUAAGAUCGGGAAUUGUAUAUGAAAAAAAAAAAAAAAAAAAUGAUGAGCCUACAAUAUUAAUGGAUGUUGAUAGUUAUCAUGAAUUAAAAGAAAUCUGGAAUACUAAUUGUGAUGAAGAAGUUAUUACAAUUUUUAUAAAAGGUUUUUUUCAAAGUUUGUUGAAACUAAAAAUAGAUUUAUUAUAUGUAUGUAACCCACCUGCAAAUAUGAUUGUAUGUUGUUUAAAAAAGUUAAUAAAUAAUGUAAAGGAGAAGGAAAAUGAAAUGAAGAAUAAAGAAAAAAAAUUGUCUAAUAUUUUAUCACCUAUUUUAAAUAGUUAUAUAAAAAAAUUAUUAUAUACAAUUAUGAAGACCCAUUUUUAUAAAUUAUGCUACGAAAAUAAUUUAAAUAUUAUAAGCUUUUAUAGAAUGUGUAAUAAUAAUGAUAUUAAUUUUAUAAUUGAAAAUAAAAAUGAAUUACAUCAUAAAAUAUUGUUAAAUCUUUGUUUGGAAGUUAUAGAUUUAAAAAUAUUUUAUGAAGAAUUAAAAGAAAUAUCUUCAGAUUUUUUUAUAAAGAAUGUCAUUAACUUUGUAACGAUUUAUUUUAUUUUUCUAAACAAUUUUUUAAGUUCCUUCAUGAAUCAGUUUAUAUGUGUAUAUGAUCGAGUGAGAGAUGUCGAGAAUGCAGAUAGUAAUUACGGAGAAGGUAUAUAUGAAAAUGUAGGUAGUAAUUACAAAAACAUAUACAGUAUUAAUUGCGAGCUUGAUGAAGUAAAAAAUAAGAAAACCAAAAUGAAUGGAUACAAAGAAUUGUCUAACUAUUUUUAUAAUUCUGUUGAUAUAAAUAAUGUAGAAAUUCAAAAUAUUUUAAAAAAAAAAAAAAAAAAAUUAAAUGUAGAGUAUAAAGAAUUUAUUACUAAACUGGUUGAAGAAAAUGUAUCUAAAUUAAGCAAAAUAAACAAAAUAAAUAAAAUGAAAGAAAUAUAUUUUUUAUUAACUUUAGCAUCAAUAUUUAAUAAUUUUAAAAAAGAAGGGAUUUCAAAGAUAUUUACAAUAUUGUUAGAUAUAUAUAGUGCAUCUAAUCAUUUAGUGAAAGGAAAUAAAAAAUUAUAUUUCUCCCACACUUUAGAAUCUAUUUUUUACAAAGAUGUGUAUCCCUUUAAUUUAAAAACGGAAGUAAAUACCAUAUGUAAUGGCAAAUCUUGUGAUGGCUUAAAAGAAGCAAAUUGCGAGGAUGUCUAUUCAAAUGCCAAUUUAGAUAAGAAUGAUGAAAUGCCCGUUUUGAAAGAUGAAAACUGUUUAGAUAAAAAUCGUGGAGAAAGCGUUGAUAAUGGUUCAGGUUUGUAUAGUGAGGGUGAAAACAAAAUUGAAAAUAAUUUCGAAGGUAAAGAGAAUGAGAGUGAUUGGAGUGAAGGUACAAGUGAUUUUAGUGAAAAUGAAAAAAUAAAAAAAGAAAAAUCAACAAAAAGUAUAAAAAAAUUUGUUAAGCAUAUUUUUCAUAAUAAAUGUAGUGAACUUGCAAAUAUAUAUAUUUUUUAUUGUGUAAAUAAAAUGUCUAAUAAUAUUGAAUUGUAUUUAGAAAGAUUGGGAAGAGAUAUAGAAGAGAAUAGUAAUAUGGUUAGUUCAAACUUUUUAUAUAUUUUAAAAAAUGUAAAUGAUAUAUAUUUUACUUUAAAUUUAAUUUUUGGAGGUGAUAAAACAAAGGAUAUAAAUAAGUAUACCUACUUUGAGGAAGUAUGUAAAAAAAUAAAAAAAGAAAUAAAUAAAACAAUCAUUAAAGAAGAUAAUCAAACAUGUGUAAUUGACAAUGAUAGUAACAAUUUUAAAGAUGCAAAUAUGUUAUCACCAAAUAAUGAUCAAUCAAAUGGAGUAAACAUAAAGGGAAGUAAAAAUUUAGAAAUAUAUAUGUAUAAGUUAUAUAUAGGGAAAAUGAAAAAUUAUAAAAAAUAUAUAAAACUUCAAACUAAACAGAUUAUAUUUAUUAUUAUAAAAAUCGUAUUUAAGAACUAUAUGGAAUAUGUUAGGAAUAUACAUAUAAAUGAAUAUAUAUAUAAAAAUUUAAAGAUUGAUUUUGUAUUUUAUUUUUAUUUUUUAAAACAUUAUAUUUCUAAAGAUGAUGAAAAUUUAUUAUUUGUCAUUCUCAAUGAUGUUUUAAUUAGUGUUGUUGAAAAAAUGAACAAACAAAUCAUUAGCUCUAAUCAUACAACUGUUUAUCCGACUUAUUUAUUAGACACAUUUUAUUAUGACAUAGAUAAAAAUAUAGAUUUAAUACAAAAUAAAAUUAUAAUAAAAUAG